AAGCUGCUGCGAAUCAUCAGCUCAAAAAGCGGCUUGCUGAGCAACACAAAGACCAAGCGGCGGUGGCCGUUCGACAACGAGAAGGUCCGUCACACUGUCCAUGGCCGUGGAGUGGCUGCUCUUUCAGACGAGUUGCCCGCAGUCCGACUGCCGUCACAAGUCCAUGGAACUGGUCUGGGCUCUCGUUCCAAAGCUUCCAGGUGCUCCAACCCACAAAUCCUACAUGACACACCUGGUCAGGGCCAAUGGGAACUCGUUUUUUCUCGAAAGGUUUGAGGCUGGUCUCUCCGCCGUGAGCGGCACUUGGACCAAUUUGACAAGCAUCCGCAAGUUCUGUGACCACUUGCUGGGCCUGCUCGAAUGCUACACUUGGAUUCUAGAGCAGCAGCUGCUGGAGCCCAAGCUGCUGUUUGAAGUUCCGGGCCAGCCCAGUGCCAUCUUUCCGCUGGUCACCACGUUUUUGGAGAAGCUGGCCUUGUGCGAAAACUUGCAGGAGGCCCUCGACAGCGAACAUGCUGCUUCCCUGCCAUGCACGCCGGCUAGAACAUCAGCACUUAAUGUGGUGAAGUGUUCCUUGACCGUGCGGCUUUUCAAUUUCCUGACCGUUUGGAUGAGGACUUGCCCGUCUUCCAUGUCUUCUGUGCCUGAUGCAUUUUGGAAAAUUGAGGCAUUUUGGAAGUGCUGUGUCGUCUGUGUGCUCCGGCCUUCUGAGGCUGGUUUCGACCUUGCCGACCUUGAAGUCGCCAACCAACUUCCGCAUGAGAUGCUGGGGUUCUUGAAGCAGGUGAAGGCCACCUUUCCGGACCUCCUGUCCUCGAGUUUCUUCACGGCGCUCGACGACUUUCUCGCAACACAUCCCGAGUGCUCGCUCGAGAGAGUCCUGGAGCUGAAUCUGAGCGAGCUCGACCAUCCGUCCGAGUCGCUGGACCUAUCGCAGGCCGACCUCGAGCCCAUGGAGGAAGAAGCUGCGGAGCCAAGGCAGAACGACAUCCUGAAACUCACGGGCCUCGCCUCGGGGUACCGGCUGUUGGCGGAACUGAAGAUUACCAAGGUGGUGGAACCGGAAAGUGCGAUGGCCCCUGUCCUCACCGUGGCCGAGUUUUUCACGAAGCGGGCGGUGUCACCGACGCCCCUCUUCAAGGAACUCUGCGUGCACCUGUUGCGACUGGCCACCUCUCUUGGAGUCGGCGAAAGCAGCAUUCUCGAAAGCCUUAAACCCACGAAGGCUUGGAAUGUCAUGGGGGACGAAUUGUGCCGGCACUUCGUUCGGAACACAGGCGCAUUUGUGCCGGCGGCCCUGAGGUUGACCAACGGUGCCGUACCUCUUAUGACUCAAGUCCUUAACUACGUUCUUCGAGACAAGACUCUGGUUUCCAUGGUUGGUUCGAUUAUGUCAUCAGAAGUAAUGAAGCAUUGGACCUUGCUUGCACCUCAUUUCAACGAAGACUGUGCACAGGCAGUCGUCAAUUCUGCUGUUUUGAUUUUGGAAAAGCUUGUGAGCCUUAGCCCUGAGAUUGCAAGUCCAAAGAGUCCCCACUUUGAAACCUUGUUUGCAAUUUUUCUAAAGCUGCUGGAACGGCCAAAAGCCACUCUUGUUGAUAAGGUCCUUGUGCUGGGCUUGCUUCCAGCGUUUGCCACUGAUGCACAUCAAAGUACCUGCGAAAAGCUCAGAGACGCCUUGGAGAACAUGGUGCUGCAGCAUUUUCCUAUGGAGGUGUCAAAGCUACUUCCCGGGGCCCCCGAACUGCUGUCCUACACGAAGGCAAUGCGCAAGUUGCUGGCUGGUCUCGAGUCGACUGGGAGCACCAUGCUCCUCGAGCUCCUCCUCCGCGUGCUCUACCGCGAGGACAAGAACCACUUUCUCGAGCCUGAAGUGCUGCUUUCUCUGCGUCGCACCAUGCCGCAAUGUUCUGAGGCGAAGCAACUGCAGUUACUCAACUCAGCCUACAAGUGCGCCGCCACUCUGCGUGGCCUCCCAACACCGGCCAGGCUCUCGAUCGCGUCCAAGCUGCUGCCUCAACUCCUGAAGCACAGUUCCAAGUCCUCGUUGCGGCAGUUCUUCGUCGAGAAUGUCGUCGCUAUCCUGGACACGGUCGGAUCAAAGAUACGAUCGGGUUCCGAGUGGCAGUUGACGAGCAAGAUCGUGGCUCUCUCCUGCCUUGAAGUCCUCUACUCGUGCUUACACAAGGACGACGUCUCUGGAAAGCAGUCGGCCAUCAAUAACUCCUUCUGUCGCGCCCGGGAAGUGGCCACCGUUGUCGGGAAUGAGCUGACCAAGGAAGUCACCAAACACACGAACAUGCUCAAAAAGGAAAGGGGCGAGCUAGGUGGGGACGAGGAGAACGCGUACCUGUGGCGCCACCUGCGAUGUGCAGCAUACAAUGUUAUCGCUGCCGUGGUCUCGUGCACUCAGGUCGAGGCGCAGUUCUAUGACGUCUUUCUCUUCCAAGAAAAGCCCGAGAAGGGAGAGUUUGUUUGGAACAACAUUACCGACGAGAAGAAGACGUACAAGUUCCCACUGGAAUUGGAAGCGCCAUCCCGAAGGAACCGUCAGGUCGUGGGCAUGACAGAAGCAGCUCCGGAUGACGGGAGCAAGCGCGAAUCUAACAAGAGACGAAGUCUUUCGUGGUCUCUUCUAGGGAGCAGCCUCGCCAAGGAAGCUAGCCAGUACAGCCUCUCUGCGAGCGGACUGGCAUUCUGGGACAUCGGUGAAUCAAACAAGUCCAUAGGUUCAGGGGCUGAAAAAGCACCCGAAGAAGACGUGCCGAAGUUCCGCAAGAUGAAAGUCGUGGACCUCGAGGAUGACGACCUCAACCGUCAUGAUUGCAUGGCAAUGGUCUGCUCAGUCAUUGAGCACAUGGCCAGCAUUGGAAUCAUCUGCAAGACUGUUGAGGAAGCAAAAGCCAACCCAAUGCCCAAGUGGCUGAGCACCAUCACAGGAGCAAUCACUGCAGACCAUACCAAGCCAAAUGCCCUUCUUUUUCUCUGUAGAGUCAUCAUCAAUUGCGCUGAGGUUCUGAAGGUAUAUGUGCAUCAACUCCUGCCAGUCAUACUUGACAUCCUGGCACGAAGGAAACUUGGGUCUGAGCUAGACGCCUUUGUCAUUGACCUCGUUGUGACAGUGCUGACUUGGACCGCUGAUCUAGAUGCCAAAGAUCUCAAAGGCUUGGGUGUAAGCAACCAGGCACAGUCGGUGCUGGAAUUCCUGGUCACGCACUGCGGACACCAGAGAAGCGACAUCCAGAACACCCAGUUGGAGCUGGUGAAUGCGUGGGUCGGGACGUGGAAGAGGCAGCUGCGGUUUCCUGGAGACACCAUUCUGCAGCUUUGUGAAGCCAUUUCGUUGGAUGGCAAAGAUGCAAGGGGCGUAUUUCUCUUUGGAAUUUUUGUCAAAAACGACCUCGUUGACUUUCUUGAAAUCCAGGACUACUCCCUUGAAAGAAUCCUGGACCGUUUGCCGAAACUUCUGGCUGGCAAACACCGAUUGUUGUACACGACGGUAGCCGAUGUUGUGGGGCUCACGUUUUGCAAGAUGAACGAAGGUGUCGGCAUUGACAACAAUUUUCUCGGCUCGGUAGAGUCAAACCUAGCAGCCAUUUUGAAGAUGGGCCAGCGCGACCAGUACGUGUUGGUCCUGAACCGCAUCUGUCGUCUCUACGAGCCAUUCGCAAGAAGCUUCACCGAAACAAUGAUGCUACAGCUGCCACGAGCCUUGGCCAGCUUCAAGGUCGCCAUCCUGGAGGUCAUCGCCAUGGCCUGCAUCGGAUUGGAUAAGCCCGUCCAGAAGUUGGAGGGACUCGGUUUCAUAGACAUGCUCGCUCACGGGUAUGUGCUCUGA